CUGUGGAGGCUCCUGCAGCGCAGUCCCGGGUCAGGAGCCGGUUAUUGAUUCAUGAUCAGUUUUUCAUCGAUAUUUGGGGAAGAUGCUGGUGCGCGCUCUCGUGGCUGUGCUCGCGCUGGUGUUCGUGCGCGCUCACGCCAAACAGCGGGACUUUUAUUCUUUUAAAGUGGUCAACAGCCGCGGGAAGCUCGUGUCGCUGGAGAAGUACCGAGGAUCCAUUUCUCUGGCGGUGAACGUGGCGUCCGAGUGCGGUUACACGGACGAUCAUUACCGCGAGCUGCAGCGUCUUCAGCGAGACUUUGGCCCCGCCCACUUCAACGUUUUGGCGUUUCCAUGUAACCAGUUUGGCCAACAGGAACCGGGAAGUGACCGCGAGAUCGACUCCUUCGCCAGGACCACGUACGGCGCCUCCUUCCCAAUCUUCAGCAAGAUCGCCGUGACGGGCACCGGCGCCAACAACGUCUACAAGUACCUCACAGAGUCCUCGGGGAAGGAGCCGGACUGGAACUUCUGGAAGUUCCUGGUGGACUCUGGGGGGUCGGUGGUGGGAGCCUGGGGCCCUGAGACGUCGGUCCAAGAACUUCGACCCAAGAUCCAGGAGAUGGUCCGAAACGUGAUCCUCAGGAAGAGAGUCGAGCUGUAGACCCAAAACACCCAAAAGACCCAAAAGACCCCAAAAAGACCCAAAGGACCCCAAAAAGAUCCUAAAAUGGUCAAAAAAGACCCAGGAAGAUGAGGAUCUCACCCAAACCAAGUCCAGCCAAACCACAACCCAAAUAAUACUGAUCCUGACCUGAUCUGAACCUGGAUUAGAUCUGGUUUGGUCCUGGUUUGGUCCUGGUUUGGUCCUGUAGUAUUUCAUUUGCAGUAUUUUUUUUUACUUUAUUUUUUACUUUUUGCAGUUUUUCCGUUUCAGUAUUUUGAACCUUUCUGUUUCUUUGUGAUGAUUUUGAGAAAUAAACUGAGACCAAACGCCUCA